GUUAUAUAAAGGCCUUAAUCCUCAUUAAAUGAGAGAAAAUAAGUAAGAAACUCAAAGAAAGAGUACUAACCUUGUUUGCUGCAACAACCUCGAAGCUAGUUCAAACUAGUGGGAGGUUGUGUGCAUAGAAGCGCACGAAAAAAACAAAAUAUUUGUUACUUAGUUCAAUUCAAGUUCAUCGAAAAUCAACAUGGCUCGUGGAAAGGUUCAGCUGAAGCGAAUUGAGAACCCGGUUCAUAGACAAGUUACUUUUUGUAAGCGCCGAGCAGGGCUUCUGAAGAAGGCUAAGGAGCUCUCUGUGCUUUGCGAUGCUGAAAUUGGCCUUGUCAUUUUCUCCGCUCAUGGAAAGCUCUAUGAACUCGCCACCAAAGGAAGCAUGCAAGGGCUUAUAGAGAAGUACUUGAAGUUCACACGUGGGACUCAACCUGAAGCUAUCACUGAACCACAUCCUCUUGUAAUGGAUGCUAAAGAGGAAGCCAAUGUGAUAAAACAAGAGAUCGAAACAUUGCAAAAGGGCAUCCGGUAUUUGUUUGGAGGAGGAUUAGGUACAAUGGCAAUGGAUGAAUUACAAGUUCUAGAGAAGAAUCUUGAAAUCUGGAUGUAUCAUGUUCGGUCAAUGAAGAUGAACAUUAUGUCAGAAGAAAUUCAAGCUUUGAGAGAUAAGGAGGGAACACUUAAGGCGGCAAAUAAAUAUCUCCACGAUUUGGUGUUGGAGAAUACUUCCGUCACUAACUUUGUUCCAUUAGUUGAUACCUCGUACCCACUAAUUAUACAAGAUGGGAUUUUUCAGCUCUAGGGGAUGAGUUGGAAUAUUAUUAUUAAUAUUGUAUAAUAUUUUAAUAAGUUGUGAAUGUGUUGUAUCACAUUAAACCCUAAUGCUUGGAGUAUGACCAAUAAUAAUUUUAGACUACUUAUGCUUUGUUGUAAGGUGGAAGAUGUUGUUGUGAAUUCUAAUACUUUUCGGAAUAAGUUCACAAUGUGAAGUGUAAGAAAUGUGUGGUUUAUGUAUGACUAAUUACAUUCUGAA